AUGGCUCGUCGUCCCGCUAGAUGUUACAGAUACUGUAAGAACAAGCCCUUCCCCAAGUCCAGAUACAAUCGUGGUGUCCCCGAUGCCAAGAUUAGAAUCUACGAUUUGGGUCGUAAGAGAGCUAAUGUCGACGACUUCCCUCUGUGUGUCCACCUUGUCUCCAACGAGCUCGAGCAACUUUCUUCCGAAGCUCUUGAGGCUGCUCGUAUCUGUGCCAACAAGUACAUCACCAAGAUCUCUGGUCGUGAGUCUUUCCACAUGAGAAUCCGUGUCCACCCCUUCCACGUUCUCCGUAUCAACAAGAUGUUGUCGUGUGCCGGUGCCGAUAGAUUGCAACAAGGUAUGAGAGGUGCCUGGGGUAAGCCUCAAGGUCUUGCUGCCCGUGUCAACAUUGGUCAAAUCAUCAUCUCUGUCCGUACCAAGGACUCCAACAAGGAUGUUGUUAUCGAGGCCUUGAGACGUUCUCGUUACAAGUUCCCUGGUCAACAAAAGAUCAUCAUCUCCAAGAAGUGGGGUUUCACCAACCUUGACCGUCCUGAGUACGUCAAGCGUCGUCAAGCUGGUGAGAUCAGAGAGGACGGUGCUUACGUCAAGUUCAUGACCAAGAAGGGUCCUCUUGAGCAAUCUUUGAUCGACUUCCCUGACUACAACCCUGAGGUCUCUGCUUAA